UUGUAGGUUAACUUGGCGUCACUUUUUAUAUUGCUUUAAUGAAAUGUAUAUAAAUGUCGCUUGUUUGAACAAUAAAUAUUUUUUGAUAAUUUUAUCAUUACUGGAGCAAGGAUAUAUGUUGUAACGUGUUAUUCUCGCAAAAAAUACAAAAAAUACAGUUAAUUAACUUGUAUUAUCACACAACUAAAACUUUAAGGCACGGUUUUUCAAUAACAGUUUAAACUUGGAUUCAAGUUUAAACUCCAUUCAAACAAUGCGUUUGUUUUGUUUAAACAGAGUUUAAGUAAAAAUCUAAGUUUAAAUUAUUAUUGAAAAAAGCCGGCUCUAAGACUUUAAAGUUUUUAAACCAAAUUAUUAUACGGAAUAAUUUUUAUUGAAAGAAAAUUGUUCUUUUCGUGUCACAAGCACUCCACCACCGGGUGCGAAGGGGUUGAUUGGAUCAAUAUCCAUCUCUUUUUACCCCUGCAGUACUACCAUGAUUAGCUAUAGUUAUGGUGAAAAAGUUUACUAUUAUCGUGAAACACAUAUACACUAGGGAUAUCGCAUUACUUGCGUUAGUACGUACGCCUAAUGCGACUGCGUGUACUAUAUACAUGGUGUCCUAUAAAUAGCGAAUUUGUAAAAAUUCCAAAAUUUUGUAAAUACAUGAUUAUAGUAUAUAUUUUCUUUUAUGGAAAAUAAUGUGAUAAUUCUAAAUACAAAGUCAUGAAAGCGACGAGUAUUUAGUGCGAAAUUGACUGCAAAGCGAUAUAUUACAAGACAAUCGCACCAAGUGUAAAAUACAAUUUGAAUUGAAAACAAAAUUAAAAAUUACGACGAAUAAAGCUGCUUUUGCACAAAUUGAUACUCUGUACACGGAGAAAACAACUCCGUAUAACUGAAUUUUCUGUUGCUCAGAUCAGAUGCGGGAAUUAGAUAGAAAAAUUCGGUUGUAGAAACAGAAAGAUUCCCGCAGGAUGUUUUUACUCAGUUGCUCAGUUUUUAUUCAAUUGCUUUCAGUUAUCUCAACCGAGUUUUAAUGCAACUGGAUAUUGAGACGAAUGUUUUCUGUUAAAUAACAGUAACAGAGAUAUUUCUCGUUAACGAGUUUUUCAUGUGAUCUCUGUUCACGAGCUAAAAUUUCGUUUUCGUGUAGGAGCGAAUGUUCUUCGCGACUUUGAAUUUAGCCGAAUUGUUUGAUAGAACAGGACGAGAGGAAGAUCACUCAUUAAAUCCAAUGCAACGUGUGACUUAUAGCUCACCCCGUACACAUUACAAGCACAGGUGGUGGUGACAAAGCGUGCAGAGAGUAUCGUCGGAAAAUAAUCGAUCGUCAGAACGAGGGUACGUGUUGGUCGAAGUACGACAUGUAUUCAUUCAGUCCCUUUGACGAAGCUUGGACGCUCGCCGAUGUACACUUUCUCCAGCUUUCGGCUUUUUGUGUAUACAUAUAUAAAAGAAGCAUAAUUUAUUUAAAGUGACUUGGAUAUUCAUAGUAUCCGCGAUCUACAUUUAGAGGAAGAAACGACGUUCAUGCAAUUAUUGUGUAAUAUAUUGUAUAUCACAAAAACGCAGCUCAAUAUCGGCCGGAAAGGAAGAGAAGGAGGAGGAAUAGGAGGAAGAGAGAAAAAAAGAAGACUUAUGCAAACUGCAUAAAUUGAAUAGCUUGAUAUCGCUAUGUGACACAUAUAUUCGUUAAACGAAAAUAAUUGUGUAAUAAUAGUGUACGACAAAAACACGACAUUUUUAUAACUAACAUUUACAACAUUUUUUCUCCGCUAUGUAUCCUGCCAUAAAACUUAUCGAUGCGUGAAGAUUCAGCGAAGAGGAUAUCUUACUAUAUGCAAUAUUUUACGUCAAAUAGAAUCUGAUCGACGAUACAAUUGCGUUUAUUGGUAUGUAAGAAUUUUGUUGUUUACAUGCGUAUGCUGUUUAUGCACAACCGAACGUAGAUCCAGUGGUUCAUAGAAGCACUAGCACGACGAACGACAAGAGUAACAACAUCUGCGAGGGAUGGCGUUUAUCGAAUUGCCUCUCUGCUUCUCUUAAGGCUGAAGCGUAUUUGAGAUGCGCGAGUAAAUCAUCAUUGGAUUGUCCGUGAAGAGAUUUCAAGGCUCUGUUGACAGCGAAGAAUGCAUCUAUCUCCCCGUGGUCUAAUCAAAAGUUAUACAAAUUGACAAUUAAGAACAAAAAUUGCAUUUAACUAUGCCGAGUUUCAGUCGAGUCGUAGUAAUUGAGGUGUCACGUCCUACCAUGUACAACGAUAAUUGUGUGGACGUUGACCGAAUACAACGAACGAGAUGGAUGAAUACGACAAGAAAUUUGCAGAAAUGCAAAAGUACAUUCCAUUCUUGGAAGCGAUGAUCGAGAGGCUACAAAACGUUAAGGACAAAUCUCGGGAGAUUCAGUUACAGAAAAUGCAGAGUCUACAUGGGAUAUUAUCGAAUAGCAAGCGAAACAGGCUACGAAUUGAAACGCUGCAGCGAUGUGAAGAUGUUCUACAGAAACUGCACAAUAGAGUAGAAAAGUUUCAGGGAAAUGCACCUGGUUUGCAAUUACCAACUAAACGAAAUGAUGGAAGCAUUUUGCAACCUUCCACUUCGUCGGAAGACGGCAAGUCGGAUCCGAGUAAAAAAACGGAGGAGUCGCCGAAGUCGGCGGAGAAGGAUAAGUUUGAGGAGACGCCAGCGAGUCCGGAUCCCUCCGUCAGUCCGGACUUUGGAUGCCAAAUUCUGCCCAUAAUAAUCCCCACGGAGCGCAGUACGGACUUCACCAAGGAUAAAAGCAACAUGGAGCAAGGCAACUCGAAGAUUCCGAUAAUUACGAUCACAGAGCGCACGGGAAUUAUUAACAUCUCGUCGUCCGACUCCAAUCAUUCGGACGACGUUGUGUUCACCGAAUGGGACAUGCUGGAGGAGUCGCAGAAACAUAACACCAAAACCAAAGGCAACGAUUGGCAACCACUAACAGCUUCCGGUCACGAUGUAGCUAGCGCAGCCAAGUUGGUCAGCAAUAAUCUGCCGCAGAAGGUCAACAACGACAGCAGAGGCUACUCGAUGGGUUCACGUUCAGACAUACCGACCGUUCCGGUACCUUCGCUAGGUGGCUCCAGGCGAUUGUCGUCGGUGCUCGAGAAGACUAAGAUUCUGAAUAUGGAUAUAACCUUAACGAAUGUCAGACCAGAGUCACCAGUGAAUGUCCCGGAAGUGCAGCUCAAGUCUCCCGAUCCCGAAAUAAUGUUCUCGCGGUCUAAAGUUUUAUCGCCCAGAUCGAAGGACAGUCACGGCAGCCCGAGAACACCGACGAAAACACCGAUGCCGCUUUUGGUCUCGCCGCCACCAAUCUCCACUGAACCUCCGCUAUCUAUAGAAGACUUGGAGGAGCUCUUGGGCAACAGUGACGAGAAGAAGGGCGAAAAGAAAAGUGAAGAUUCCACAAAACAUAAGAAAGACUCUAGGCAGGAGACAAAUCUCACAAAAGACAAUAAGGUCUCGAAGGAGCUCUCGCUGUCGUAUUUAGCUGCCGAGAGGGAGAGCGAGAAACAAUGGCAAGAGGUGGACAAGCACAUCAUUAAGCUUAGCAGAAAAUGCACGUCGAACGUGAUCAACGCUACUUCGGCUAUGAUUGCGAAGAUCGAUAAUAAGUCGAGCGAGAUCAAAGGACCGCCCGAUCAUCGUCUGCCUCAGUCGCCUUCCACGAGUUCUAAAUUUGAACCGCGUUAUGCGGACAACUACGAGAGGCAUCCACGGCAACGCGACACUCACAAUCACGAGAACACGAAAGAGAAGCCGACUACACCCGAAAACAUAUGCAGAGUGCCGGAUCAAGAAGCGUCUUUGAUUCCGAUUCUUCAUAAUGUAACCAGCAAAGUGGAUGAAAGAAUCGGUGUUCCGUUAUAUCAGAGACGUCCGAGCGGGCUAAAGGAAGGCUGGAAGGACAUAGCUCCGUCUAGGUCCGACAAUGAAUUUGUGAUAGAGGGUACCGAUUAUUAUAACAUGCACAUGAACCAGGAAAGCAGACUAGGCAUGAAUCAGUUACAUUGGCCUGUACCUUCAGUGACCACCGGCGACCUCCCAUUUGGUAAAGCGCAGUGGGCACCUUCCACUUACAGCGGAAUGGCGAAUCCGCCGAUGCCACCUUAUCAACAUCCGAUGGGCAUGUUUAUGGGUGGAAGUCCCGUGGAUCAUACCGCGGCUGGACCCAGACCGCUGAAUCCUCCUGGACGACCGCAGGACCUGAGCCACGCGACGAGGCCGGAGAAUAUUCGUGAUGAAAUUCCUUCUCUGAUGUCCACCAAUGUCUUUCCGCCACAGUAUAGAGGUUUUCAAAUGGGUCAAGGCUCUUAUGAUCUAAACUUCGAUAGACCUGCGGAGUACUCUCACGCGAGGUCAACAUGGGACAGUUCCGCUGGUCGGGGUAUAGGUGAGACUUCUUAUAACAGCGACAACAUGAUUCCGUGCGGAAUUGGUAUCAUGGAAACUUCCACGGGAUCUCCAUACUCACGAUGCGACACACCUUGCCCAUGGACGCGAGACAGGAACAGAGGCAGCAGAGGUCGUGGGAGGGAGAGUUACUACAACGAGAGGAAUAGAGCAGAACUAAGACCUAACUUCAACCGCGACGUACGUCGGCCUGAUUGGCCACGAGACAGCCACUCCGAUCGCGAGAACUCCAGUCGUUUCAACCGCGAUAACAGGAAUGCGUUCGAAAGGGACCCACGUGUUCGCAUGGAGCACAACGUGACGACCUCGAGUCAAGCCAAAGAAACCAGCAGCAAUAGCAAUACUUCUGCCAGGGAUCCCCGUCUUGCCAAAGAUAAGCAUUUCCCGCCAACGAAAGUCAAAGACGCCGUUCACAAUGAGAGGGAUCCGAGGAAACGCUUGCAACCUUCAGUGACGUCUCCAAUAGCGCUUUCGGGGACCCCCAAGAAAACGAUUAACAAGGAGAAGUUGAAGCCGCAGAAGUUGCCGGAGAAGCGCGUCGAUUCGGAGAGCAAUUGCAAGGAGAAAACGGACAAAUUGCCGAAGGCAAUUGCAGAUAGGAUGCAAUCGCCAUUGGAAAGCUUGUAUGGGGCAAUUGAUACCAAGUCCAGUCAUAGCGGCGGCCUGCAGAAGUUCAAGAUUCCUAAGAUUAAGCGGCCAGAAUCGUCGCAGCCCUCGUCAACGACGAGUCACGUCGAUGAAACGAAGAAAGCUGGUGCCGUUGCUUCAAAGUCGUCACGCUCCAAAAGCGAUGGCAAGAAAAGCAGCAGUACCGCUGUUAAUUCGACAUCGCUGUCUGAAAAUUUGGACAAGGAUGACGCAAUGGCUGAAGUUAGCAGCACUAGCGGCGUAACGGACAGUUCGGACAGUUCGCUCUUUUCUAAACACGUUGACAUCAUGAGAGAAGACGAAAUCAUUUCGUCUCUUGUCGAGGAAACGAACAAGAGGAAGUCUUCUACGACGCUUGAUAUCAAGUCUAUCGAAUUUAUGAAGAAGAAUCGAAAGGAUGAGUUGGAAGCCGACGGUACAAAGUCCAAGGACGAAGGAGUGACGCAGGAGUUGAUUGAGGCGCUCAUCAGGAAGUCUUUCGAAAGUGGUGAGGGUAAAAAAUUGGUCGAACACGCAAAGUUAUUACAGAAGCUCGGGGAAGCGCUGCAGGCAAAGAAGCUGAAGAAGAUUCAGAAGAUCAUUGAGUCUGAGUCGGAAAGUAGCAACUCUGACAAGGAUGAGACUAUCGGGCCGAAGAAGUCAUUGACUAGGAAGAAGAGGCGAGUGAUCAUGUCAGACAGCUCGGACGACGAAAGUCUCGCGGAGCGACUAAACAUCCUAAAUACUAGCGUUAAGGCGAAUAACGAUAGAAUCGAGUCGGUUUCCAUGACAUCUAUGGACACUCCAGAUUCUACCAAGGAUUUCACAGAAGAUAAAGUCGACUUAACGGCAUCUGAUCGUUUGAAUGAAGAGUCAACUGGAAGUACUGAUAGAAAGAAUGACAGUUUAUUGGAAGAUCUCAGGGAAAAGAGUACUGUUCAAAUGAACGACUAUAAUAAAAUCAGAGAGUCAGAGACAAACGAUUCGCAAUUAGAAAAUAGUAAUAAACAAGACAACAUUACGACGAAAUAUUAUAACAAUGAUAAUAAUGAUCUACAAUUAGAAGACAGUCUAGGAAAGGAAAGUAAUCGAUUAGGAGAUAAUAAUAAAAGCAUUGAUAUUUAUUCAGAAAAUGACAAGCAACCAGAUAGUCAAUCAAAAGACGGAAAGAAGGACGAAGCGAAAGAUCAGCCAGUUAAUUCAGCUCCUUCGGAAAAAGUACAAGACAUAGAAGAGUCAUUAGAUAAGGGCGAAACAGACAAGACGGAAUUUGUCGUGGAGAAAGAUGUCGAUGUUUCGAGCGACAAACCAAAGACAAAAACAAAGAGGAGAAAUUCCUUAGAGAUGUUGCAAGAAGACAUCCGGGAGAUGUUUAUCAGCGAUGAAGUAGUGACGGCAACGGGUUUCCGAAUGUGCAGAUUAUCGAAGGAGAAUCAGUUCUCAUCCGGAUCGACGGCAACAAGCUCUAAGAAGGACGAGACGUUUAACGCCUCAGUUAGAGAGUCAAGUGUCGAAGCAGACGAGUCAACAGCGAGUAAUGUCAAGUCCAAGAAGACUCUUGCUAAAUCCCGCAAUAGCGGGGAGUCCAAGUCCAAGAGCAAAAGCAAAAAGGACGUUGCCCAACAAUCGACGCGUAAGCUACGUUCUAAAGAACCGAGGUCCGACAGCGAAGAGGACCAACCGCUGGCGUUGCGGGCAGACUGGAAGCUAGGUAAUAAUAGUAGUAACACAUUGAAACAGGAAGAGGUCGAGCAGUCCAGCGAUAUGUUGCGCAAAAGCAAACGCAUACUACAUAAGGAGCCGCGGGUGCUCGUGGAGAAGACUGAUAUUACGAAGUUUGACUUGUCUAAGGUGAUGUUUGACAGUUCGUCCGACGAGAGUUUCAGCAUAGACGUAUCCGAAUUGACAGCGGCGGUAGAUAUCUCCCUUCGGCCGGACAAACAGUCCGAUCAGGACUCCGUGGAAACGAUCGUGAACUCGAAGCCUCUACAGAAACCUGUGAGAAACACGCGUAGUUCGAAGCUGAAGAAGACGAAGAAGAAAAGCGUCUCUUUACUCACCGACUGCAAGAGCGAUGAUGGGAUGUCUUUCACGGACGAGAGCAUAAUAUCAGAUAUCUCUAUGUCGAGCAGCACGACCGCAAGCAAGAAAAGUAUAACGAGAGCAGGGGUCAAAGAGGAGUUAUUGAGCAACAUCCUAGUGGGGCUGGUGCCGACCGCGACAGAAAAGAGCAUGACUGACAAAGACAAUGAAGCGGACGUUGAGGAAAACCCUAAUUCUCCACCACUCGUUGAAAUAAACGCGAAGAAAUCCUCGGUGAAGAAGAAAAAGAAAAAAUCAAGCUGGCGAUUGGGAAUAUUGAAGAAGAAGAAGAAGAAGAAAAACAUAUCGGCAACUUCUUCCAAAGCUGGUCAAAUCGAAUGCGAAGAUAUGAGCAACGAAAUUGAUAUCUCGAUGGACAAGGUGGAAGACAGCACAGCGGUAUCUGGUGAUAACAACGUUACAAUGGCGGAAACUAUUUCCAAAGAAACUGCGGGUAAACAACUGGCGGACGAUGUGAGCGUGGACUCCUCGUUGAAAUGCGACAACGUUGUCCAACAAUCCGCGAAUACGGACAAUUCCGACGUCACUACAGAUCAUCACAUGGAAUCGAAUAAUCUCACCUCCAUAUCGAAACGUUCGAAUGCAACCGAAGAAUCAGUCUCGUGCGAGUCGAUUCAUUUGCUUAUGCAAAAGAAAUUGUCAAUAGGAACAAGAAUGAAAUUAGACACGAAGGAAGCAAAAACGAAAGAAGCAAAAAUGAAAGAAGCAGGAACAGAAGAAGCAGGGACAGAAGAAACAGGGACAGAAGAAGCAGGGACAGAAGAAGCAGGGACAGAAGAAGCAGUAACAGAAGAAGCAAGAACACAAGAAGCAGGAACAGAAGAAGCAGAUACGCAGCCAACAGAAACAAAGAAUACGGAAUGCGUGAUCACCGAGCCAAGUACCGGUGAUCAAACGACAGAAGAGGUCACCAAGAUAGCUCCGUCGACGAUUGUAUAUGAUGAGGUAAUGGAGGAACUUUUUCGCAACAUGAACCAGCGACUAAUAAAAUACGCGUGGACCGGUCAAGAUAGGUAUAAGUGCCAACUGUGCUUCUUCUCCGGUAAAAACAUUGUGUAUCAUUACAAAAUUAUUCAUCCCGACAAGGAAGUCCUCAUCGCGCGAUUCAGGUCGGUUGACGCCGAAGCCGCGAUACUGGACGCUGAGGAAAGUGUUAAGGAUGAAGCUACUUCUUCUUCGACAACGACGAAUAAGAUGUGCAAAUAUCGAUGUAGAUUUUGCUGGUUCGAGACUGAAGGCGCGGCUGAUAUAGCGAUCGAGGCGUUCUAUGAGCACUGCACCACGCACACAGGCGAGUACAGGUACCACUGUAAGAGUUGUACUUACAAGGCAGUGGCGAAGGCCUCCAUGAAAACUCAUUAUUACAAAAUGUGUCGGAAGAUGAACGACACAUUCAACGAGGCCAUGAAAGAGGACGAUAUACCGAAGGAGAAUGGCGUUUACGGUUACUUAUGUCGCGAAUGCAACUACGUGCAGCUGAAGCGAGAAAACGUAGAGGCCCACGCGAAGUUUUGGCAUCGAGACAAGACAGACAAAAAAAUUUUAAAGAUCAAUAUGUCGAUGUUAACCACCAGUAAGGCCGGGAAGGACGUACAAGAGCCGCAGGAAUGCAAAGAAGCUGCGAAGGAACCAUUCGCCGAGGAGAUUAAAGAAGAAGUGAAGCCUCAAGUGUCAGAAAUCGAAAACGCAAUGUCCAAAGACACACCGAUGGACACAGAGAUAGACACGACCUCGCGAGUGACGGACAUCAUCGACGUGACGGAGCCUCAGGACAAGAGCGACGAUAACGGUGAUAAAAGCUGUGAUUUGCAAGAAUCACAAGCCAACGACGAAACCAAGCAGGAUACCGAUGUGAGUUCGAGAAUGUCCGUUCAAGGAGAACCCGACGGACCGGUGAACACUGGCAACAUGAGUGCAUUUGUUUGCCCGCCCGAACUGGAAAACAAGGAAGUCGAGAUACAGUUGGAACGGAAAAAGAGGAUGCAAGAGAUCGUUGAUAAUAUUGGUAUCAAAAUAAAUAAGAAUCUUUCAAAGUCGAGUCUGUCUAUAAUAGACAAAUUACAGAACAAGAUGCGGACAGACACGGUUGCUAGUCCCGUCAACGAACACAUCGAGUCGGCGAACGUUUCGCAGCAAGCAAACAACGAAAAACCGUUGUCAACCGACUCGACUAUGGAUUCAUCGAAACAUGAGACAGAUAAGAUCACCAAUGAGAGUCCGUUGAGUCAGUCAACCGAUUCUCAAGUGGAAGAUCUUUUGUUGACGGAACAAUCGGUUGACAACGACAAAUCGGACACGGCGAGUAGCAAUAAUGCGGACAAGGCGGAUGUUAAGAUCCGCGACCCGCUCGUCAUCAUGGAUCCGAGUAAAAAUUCAGAGAGUGACGGUGAGAUCAGUGAUGCUGAGACCGUACGGCGUUCUCCGGUCUAUGAGUCUGAUUCUAGCAGUGAACAGUCCGAUUCAGAGCCGACGGAUGUUAAUAUGAUUUUGAAGGAGACCUCGAGUAUCAACGUGUCGUCAUCACGGGAUCCAAUGUUAACGACUAUACAGAGAUUAGCUGCGCAACUCCAGAGCGCCAAGCCAUUAGAGGUGCCUGCAGCUAAAGACGUAGAUGUCAAAAGUGAGCCCGUUUUACCGACCUCGACGGCCUUCCCGAAAGCACCGAGUGUUAUCUCGAUCACUAGCGCGAAAACUUCACAAAUGAAUGAAGACGCUAAGGAUCGUGGAAUGACACCGCCGAUAUCGAAUAUCGACGAUUGUGCACCAAAAAACUUCCUCAGGUUCAGACGACUGAGCGGUGACAUGUUGUCUCUCCCGGCGUCGUUGUCGGAUAAUCAAGAAGACAUACAAGCUUCCGGUGUUGAUGAAACUCCGUCAGACAACGUAGUAGAUGUAUCGCAGACUGACACGGAAGAAGAGUGUUCGUUCUUAAAAAUCGAGAAUGUAGUGAGCCUCGCGCCAAAUUCUGAAUGCAAUGAAGCUGAAAGUCCUAUCAUAAACGAUAUCAGAAAAGCAGUGGAGGUCGUUCCUGUUAAGAACAAGAACAUACCGUUACUCAAGAAAGCGCAUCAACCGUUGAUAUUGAAGAAGAUGAACAUUAAGACGCAUCUGUUGACGAGUAACGUUAACAUACCGAUGGUGGCACAGCCGUCCACGUCGGAUACCAUGACGCUCAUUCCAGUCACCAAAUUGAAUCAGAUGCCUAUCUCGACAAAAACUGUUACUACUCAUCUGGCUACAAAUUUUGUACCCAUACAUCCCAAGCCGAAAACCAUACCAAAAGCCAUACCAAAAGCCAAGAUAUUUACGUUAGAAAACGCAAAAGUCGCUAUCCCCCGAAUCGCUCCUUCCGCGAAGACCUCGCCGACGUCGACGCCGACGCCGACGCCGACGCCGACGCCGACACCGACGAGCACAACGAAUUGUAAGAUAUUCAAAGUGCUGCGAAAUUCCACAACAGUUGAUGAUAAGAAUCACGCGUCGAUCGCGUCUUUCAUGGCUAAACUAAAAUCCACGGAUGCAUACUGGUCCAUGUUGCGAGCGUCGAAAUUGAUUCACUUCUACAAGUGUAUGUGCCGCGAUUGUAAUUUCACGACCGAUUCCGUUACGUUAUUUUGUCACCAUUAUAACCAGCACUGUGAGGAUGCUAAGCAGCAGAAAGUCAAGACGCCGUGCGAUUAUCAGAAGUGUGUUUAUUGCUCCACGCUCAUGCUUGAUUGGAAUGAAGUGAGAAUCCAUAUGUGGGAAAAACACAGCUGUUGCCGAUAUCAGUGCGGUUACUGCUUCUAUCGUGCUGCUGCGGCGUGUUACGUACUACAACAUCAGACAACUUAUCAUCCUAAUACUAAAUACUAUAUGUUAUUGGGUAAAAUGGGUAAGGAUAUUUCAAAACAAGAAGUGAUAAACCGUUCCAAAUAUGUGCUGCCAUUCGUGUGUAUGUCUCAUGAUUGCGGCAAGACCUAUUACUUACCCGAAUCAUUUACUAUGCACUUAAAAUCAGCACAUUCGGGUUCUAAGCUCUUCCCCUAUUUCAAAUGUCAUUUAUGUAAAAGCUCAUUCACUACGGUAGCACUGAUUAUAUCUCACUAUAAAUCGCAUGGAAUUGACAAAUACCAGUGUCUAUAUUGUGUGUACGGUAGUGACAAUACAAGUGAAAUGCUCGAACAUUUGAGCGUUUGUCAUUGCAAUAAACUGCCCCAAAUACUCGAGCGCGCGCUUUCUUCAGUGGUGAUAAAAGAAGAUGUUAUAAAUCAACUUCUUAUACGAACUUACAACGACAAUGGAACUCUUAAAGAAAAUACUCAGAAACCAAACGAUGGCGCAGCCAGUUCCAAAGAGGAUGCACCCGCGGGAGACGCAUUAAAAGUUCAAAUUGCUGGAGGCACGAUAAAGAUUCUUAGGUAUAAAGACCCGACUGUAGCUCAAACUACAUUGAGUCAAGAAGGAACCGGUCCAAUGAACAAUACGACUCAUAAUACCCUCGAAACAAUGGAACUAGACAACGCAGAAGCCGCUAUUAGUACUUCCAAUAUUGUAACAGAACAGUCUAAAGACGCGUCUCUCGUUGAUGACACUAACAAAGACACGCAUAACAGUACUACAUCAUCGACAAAACAGAAUUCGCCGUCAAAGCAAGACGAACUUCCAUCAAGCAAGUCCGACGAGAAUAGGUCGUUGCUGAUACAAUCCCAGAAGAAUAAGCCGACCAAUCAUGUGAGGAAGCAGAUUCUCAACGAGUCGGCACUGCUGGACGAUUCUAAUGCGACAGAUCCAUUGGACUUUUCCGAUGACCUUACUUGCACCGACGAGUUUAUCAACACGAAUCUCCUUGACAGUCCCAAUUUCCUGAAGAAUCUUACAUCCAACUCCAGCAAUGCGUCAUUCUGCAAAAAUGAUACGGCGAUAACUAGUGAUAAAACUGAAGACAGUGACAUCGAAAUCUUAGAGAAUAUCGAGAACUCGAAAGUGGCCGAGAAAAAGAAUGUCGAGAAGAAGAACGUCGAGAAGAAGAGCGUCGAGAACGUUGCGGAUCAAACAAUGGAGCAGCUGCAGUUUUCCGAACAGACGACCGAAAAGGAGGAGCAAUCUGAAGAUACUACCGGAGAUAAAGAUAUAUCCAACACGACUGCAAAUUUCGACAACAUAGCUGCGCGGCUUUUGACUUUGGAGGACAUCAAAGACACUGGCUUCACAGGACUCGACCUAUACAAAUGUGGUUACUUGGAAUGCAAUUUUGCGACAACGACUGCGCUGUUAUUGAAGAAGCACAUCAAAGAGUGUGCUUUCAUUUCGAAGAAUUUGCAUUGCGCACAUUGCGCAAAACGUUUCAUCAAAAUUGGCUUUCUUCUGGAACACUUGAAGAUACACGGUUUGAAGCGUUUUGGAUGUUCCUUGUGUAAAGUUAGGUAUCCGGUCUCGUAUCAGGCAACAGCUCACAUGAAGACAAAACACAAAUUUCCAAACGCGAAAUUGGUACCGGCGGACCCGACGAAUCCAUCGGUUGAUGGUCUUUUUAUUGUACAGGCAAUUCGUUUUGGAAGUGGCGAACGAAAGACAAAGAAGCGUAGAGGCCCGAAACCCAUGGAGCCCGAGAUCGAGAAAACAGCAGCAGCAGCGGUUGCGGUGGAUAACGAAAAAUUAUCAUUCAAUCCCAAUGAGAUUGAUCUAUUACCGCGUCAGGCGAUUUAUCUUCGGGAAGUUCAGUGCGCCGUGUGUCCAUAUACUACGAAGGUCAGGACAAACAUAAUCCGGCAUCUGCAACUUCAUGCAAAGGACCAAACUGUGCCUGAGACCGGACCGGUGAAUCCCGUUCCUUGUUUAGACAAAAAGGAGAGGAUGUUUGACAAAAUGGUGAAUUUGGCGAGUAGCUCGCAUCAGAAUGGUCGAAUGGGCGCGAAACCGAAAGAAGCUAUCAAAGAGGUCGAAGAGGAUAUCGCUAUACCGAAAUUUGUACCGGAACAUAAAAGAUAUGUAUGUGGCGUUGCUGAAUGUAAUUACCUGACAGUGGAUGAAGCUAUGUUGAGAUAUCACUUGAAAGCUUUGCAUUCCGAAGAGCCGUAUUUUCGUUGCCCACAUUGUCCCCCACCGUCACCUGGUCAAGAAAGCCAAAAUAUAGCGAUUGAUAAAAUGGGCGUACAUUUGAAAAUGCACGACGCCAGACUUUAUAAAUGUUCACAUUGUAAUCAUCACCAUUACCAAAGGUAUGUCGUGGAACGUCAUCUUACCGACAAACACCCAGAAAAGAGACCAUUUGUCAAGGUGAUAAGAGAACUCGAUAACACAGAAAACAUAUCGCAGCCGAACCAGGAGGAAAAUGAGGACGAGGUACCGGAUCCGGAUGGUAAUCAUUGGAAAUGCAAUCUCUGCGACUUCAAAAGCGCCUACAAGGCCGAGAUGAGCACUCACGCCGCUACGGUUCACGACGAGAAGUGUCAAUAUAAGUGUGCUUUGUGUUCUUUCAAGACCAGCGGAAAGAUCAUCUUUGAGCAACACAUAAGCAGCAAGCACGCUUACGAUCCCAAUGUCGAUUUUGUCUUAGUGUAUCAGAGGAUAAGAGGAGUCAACAAACGCAAUACGGAAGUCGUAGAGCAAAGCGGACAGGACGAACCUUUUGACACGACGCCGCUCUGGAGGAGAGACAUGCCACGAAUACGGCAUAUCCGUGGAAUUCUUCUGGAAGAAGAAAACGAAACACCGAGCGAAAUAACAUCCACGAACUCGAAGGGCGUGACUUUGGGCAAGCGUAAGAACGAGACAGAACUAUCGACGAAAUUGGGUAAAAUAAAGGUGGCGAAGUCAGCGUCCUUUGAUGAGAACAAGCAAUGCAAGGAGAAGUCUAAGAGGUCUCUCUCGUGUGAGAAGCUGUCCGAGGAGACGGAAAGCGACAACCAAAGCAUAAAGCCACAAACUAAAUCCGAUUCACGCGGCGCCACUGAAAAAACAGCCAUCGAAGACACGGGAGGGAACGCGACCGAACUUAGCGACUCGGACGUGGGUAGAUUUGGACCUUAUGGCAAACCGGAUGGCAAUAUGUACAUUUGUACGCUCUGCAAUCAGUUCAAAACGAAGUAUAAGCACGAUAUGAGAGAUCAUCUUUACAGGGAACUAAAAUAUGCGAGGUGGCAUUGUAAGGCUUGCGGAUAUUUGUCAGUAAAUCGCAAUGCAUUGAUGCAACAUUUUACGAAACAUCAUAAUGGAGAACGUCCAGAUCACGAGCCGCUUUCGCCGGACAAUGCAAUUGAAGAUUGGGUAAUAACUUUACUAAAGAAACAGACAGAUAUGAUAAAAGCAGGAUCUCAAAAGUCUAGUUCUGUCAGCAAAAAUCCAACAGUGCACGUCACGAAUUCGGACGUUGUCAACCUACUAAAGACGACCAACACCGAUACGAAAACUGUGAAUCUUGCAACCACGAUAACCAAUUUGCAGAACGACAUUCUUCAGAACCCCGAUAGAAACAUAGAUGAACUUGACGACGGUGAUAGUAGAGACGACGAGGAUCUCGUGAUUGAUAUGAAGGAUGACGAGUUGGAUAGUAGCAGGAGCAUGGAUAUGUCCGAAAGCGAUAAAUCUUUUGAGAAAGACGAGCUGAAGACUAAACUGAUAUGCAAGCAUUGCAACUUAAAGUUUGAUCGACGUCGCGGCUUCAAGCUGCAUGUUCAACUGAGGCACUUGAAGCGGCUCGGCUUUUUAUGUCCUUACUGCGACCGCAGCACUAAUUCGGAGCAGAUGAUACGCCAACACAUGCGUGCCAAACAUCGAGACCGUGAAAUGAAGAUUGUACACAAUCCAGCUGCAGGUGGACCCGAAUUGACCAACGAAUUUUGGGAGAAGGAGUACGGGCUGGUCUGCCCACUGAAAAUCAGGAAGAGGCGUAAGUCAAACGUAGAUGACACAAAGGCAGACGAUAGAGGCAGCAACAAAGAACGUUCCGAGGGAUAUGAAUGCGAGGUGUGCGGCUUCACGGCCGCAAACUACACCGGUCUGAAGUCGCACAUGCGUUCGCACGUUGUCAAGCACAUCAAAUGUCCUUAUUGCACGUAUAGUUGUUCCGUGAAAGCUGAACUAGUGGAGCAUUGGCAAGUAAAUCAUGAACAUCUGCCGUUCCUGACACAAGUCCCAUUGGCUAGCUGUUCGUCUGGUGAGUCGAGUGGUAACGGGUCGUCGCAAGUUAAAAAACGAAACAUAGACAUCUAUACGGACGACAUAGAAGAAGAACACAUGGAAUCUCCCGACGAAGAUGAUACAAACAUUACGGUAUAUAGCUGCACGUACUGCAACAACCGUAGUCAGUCAUUGGUGUUCCUCAUGCGACAUUGGGAUCUGAUGCACAAAGAGGGAUCACCUAAUGUGCCCAAUGCAAACAAGACGACCAGUGGUGGUCUGCCGUUCAUGUACGGAGAGUGUCAGAUGUCUGCGAGGGUAUUCAAAAGAGAGCAAAUGAUGUCGAUGAAGUUGCACAGGAAGAAACUAAGUGAAACGAUAAUGAAGAUUGCCGAAUCGUCAUGCGACUUCGCAAAGCAAUCGGAGGAGAAUCCAUUGUGCAGUUCCUCGGAUGCUGCGGCCGGCCAAGGAUGGAUCUGUCAGUGGUGCCACGAGCUCUGCGAGACAGAUAACGACAUGAAGACUCACCAUAAUAUGUUCCAUUCACACUUACCGUCAAAUUUUAAGAAGCAACAACAGCAAGAAGACGAGACGAGAUUCGUUUGCAGCGUUUGCUCGUACACCACUACUUUUCUCGCCACGAUCAAGAAGCACGUGGUCAGGCAUGUGAAUCUAUUCAAAUGUAAAUAUUGCGAUGAAGCUUUCAACACGCCGGUAGGGGUGUCCGCGCAUAGUUCAGAAAAACAUCUGGGUCUGCCAACCAAAAUCGAGAGCAUCUCGAAUUUCGAUGCGGUCGUGGACAAGUUGAUCAAGAGGUUCAAGCAGAGCAAUGUGGCGAGCGACGGCGAUAAUGUCGCGUCAAAGAGCGAUUUCAGUCAGAAUAGUAUUCGAGAUGUCGUACGACCAAAAUCGACUGGUCACGCAGUUGCGAAGAAGUCCACGACCAAGUCGAUCGUCCCGUACACGAAACCGAGUCCCCGUGCGUUCAAAGCUGUCGCACGUAAAUCUACGAAUCCGUUGCCGAAGCACUUGCGCGAGGCUACGACGAGCAAAGUCAGUCAGCGCAGCUUGGUCAUGGAUACAGAGUCUGACGAAGAGACCAAGAGCAAACGGUCCUCGCAUUAUGGCGUACCGAGCGAUCCUAUUAAUCUAGCCAAAGUGAACACAUACAUGAUGCUCGGUGGUCACAGCAUGAAAGUGAGCUGCACUACUCUCGCCCAACUGAUCAAUAUCAACCCGAAAGUGGUGCUGAAGGACAUUAAACACGACCCCAUACACGCCAAACUCUUCUCACAACACAUAUAAAUGUCUCUCGAUUAUUAUUUUACUUUUCUUAUUUCUUUUUGUAGAUAAACUUCAUUUUUCCUGUACGGCUUAAACCUGGAAUUUUUGUAUAUUCGUUAAAUAGCGAUGUACUACCGAUUAUUAUAGAAAUCCAUUUAUAUAAGUGAAACAUCAAUGAGAAAAAGCUCGGGUUUUAUUAUGUCAAUACACGAUGCGAUUUGCUUGCGAUAGCGAGAGUAAAGUAAAAAUAUAUCUUAACGUUAAAUUGAUAUUUAAGUUGUCUUUGUCUCUUUGCUCUGCUGUCACAUUUCUUCGUAUUAUAUAACGUAUACAUAUGGUAGAAGUGAUGAUAACAUUAUGUAUUAGAUAAAGAAAAACAAGCGGUAAACGAUUAACGUUAUUGUAAUUGGUAAUCUUAGGCCUGUAUUAAUAGUUGGCACUUAAAGUUUUCCCCACGUAAGAUAUUCCAAUUUUUAUCCGGAGUUAGAUUCAAGGUUUUAAUUUAAUUAUGAUAUAUGUAAUGUUUAUAUCUAACAAAUUUUGCGAUAUUAUUAUUAUGUAUAAUAUCGCGAUUUAUAUAUAAUCGCGAUUCAGUUUAAAACUGUCAUUUUAUUCAAUUAAAAUCUCAGUAUAUCACUUGAGAUGAGUUUCAAAUAAUGAUUAUUAAUACGGGCCUUAAUUACAAAUUUGUUGUUUCGAAAAUGUAAAUGUUCCAAUGUGAGGUUUUUCUUUGCACACGAGAGAUAGCACUCUCUGCUAAAUUAAUAUUUGUUUUUUUUUAAUUCACAAAUAUAUUGUAAAGUUAUACAUCACGAUAAUUAACAAACAUCAGGACGACAGUAACGAAAUAAAACUAUUUUUAAUACUACUUUUAUAAAAUCUUUCUCGUAAUUAUACGUUAGCCGUUCGUGUCGAGUAACAUUGUGUAGUGUUUACUUCGUUCAAAAUAGCAGCACAAGUACUUAUAGCCGAUGUCAAAAGAAGUGAAUGUGUCACGCACUUAUAUGAUGUAAAUAUGUCGUUUAUCUCUUAUUUUUUUGCGAGAUGAAGGUAAAGCUGGAUAUUUAAUUUAAACUCAUGUGAUGCGCAAUUUCACUACUGAAUAUGCGCAAUAUGUAUAUAGAUAUGAUAUAAAUAAAUCAGGAUAAGACGAGUUAGCGCAUAUAAUAAUAAUGGAGCAUAACCUGUACUUGUGUAUGCUCUUAGUAAGAUUAUUUAAUUUAGUCUCGUAUACCAUUGUUAUGAUCAUACUUUUCGUUAAAUUGUUCAUUUAAUAUAUGAUAGAAAACAGCAAGAAUCAGGAAGAUUUUCUAUGAAAAGACAAGACUGACAAGUGUACUAGUACAGAACAAGUGUAUCGUACAGAAAUAGCUUUUAGAAAAGACUGUAAAUAAUGUGUAUUAUACUUCAAAUAAAUAUUUUUGAUUUUUAUAAA